AUGGCGGUGAAUGUUCUCCUACCGGAAGUAGUUUUGUUUGUACCUGUCAAACUGGAUAUUGUGGAAAACAAUGUAAAGUCACACCAUGCCAUACCUCACCUUGUUCAAAUGGGGGAAGGUGCACACCAACUAGAAAUAGUUUUGUUUGUUCCUGUCCAACUGGAUACUCUGAAAACCGAUGUCAAAAUUUUUUGUAAAAACUUAGGCAGUAUGCUAGCAGAAGUUACAUCAAGAAGUGAGAUUGUAUUUCUUAGGAAAAAUGCAAAAAAAUAUGGUGAAAAUUUUUGGCUAGGUGGAUUAGAUCGAGCUAAUGAAGGUGUGUGGUUAUGGACAACACGUGGACAGGGGUUUACAGUAACCGAUUGGCACACACGUAUUGCACACCAACCAAAUAAUCAGAAUGGAGACGAACAUUGUCUGAACAUUUAUAAAAGACAGGACUACGAAUGGAAUGAUGGACCAUGUUCAAGAAGUUUAAGGUGUAUAUGCGAAAAACCGUUAGUAUAUUUUUAA